UCCAUCCUGUCUUUCCAGUUUGAGCCUGGGCCACAGAUCCACCCCGAGCUCUGCUUCCUCUCCUGGCUUGAGGAGGUUCUGCUCUCUCAGGCGCUGCCCUGCGCACAGUACCACGUCACCUGGUUCCUGUCCUGGAGCCCUUGCGCCCGCUGUGCGGGGCAGGUGGCCGCCUUCCUGCAGCAGCACCGCAACGUGGACCUGAGCGUGUUCGCCGCCCGCCUCUACUACCACUGGGAGCCCGAAUACCAGGAGGGGCUCCGCGGCCUGUGCCAGCAGGGGGCCCAGGUGGACAUCAUGUCCUUCCAACACUUUAGAUACUGUUGGGACAACUUUGUCUACAACUGGGGAAAGAGCUUUAGGCCCUGGAAUAAUCUACAGGAAAACUAUGAUUCCCUGGUCACAGAGCUUGAGAGUUUCAGACACAGGAUGGACGCGCACACCUUCUACUGGACCUUCGGGAACACGCGCUGGCCGAAGGAGACGCACCUGUGCUACGAGCUGGAGCUCCGGGAGGGCGGCUCCUGGGCCCCCCUGGCCCGAAGCAAGGGCUUCCUGAGCAACAAGAGCGCAGACGCAGGGGAGCUGGCCCACGCGGAGCGGCUUUUCUUGAAACGGAUCAGUUCGUGGAUGCUGGACCGGAGAGAACACUACAGGGUCACCUGCUUCAUCUCCUGGAGCCCGUGUGCUGACUGCGCCGCCCGGCUGGCCGCUGUCCUCCGGGAGACGCGCCACGUGCGCCUGCGCAUCCUCGCGGCCCGCAUAUACCGCCGCCCCGGCUACGAGCAGGGGCUGCGGGCGCUGCGGCGGGCUGGGGCCCGCGUGGCCGUCAUGCAGGCCCAGGACUUUCAGCACUGCUGGAAGACCUUCGUGGACCACCAGGAAAGACCCUUUGAGCCCUGGGAAGGGCUGGAGGAGCAGAGUGAGGACCUGUCCAGGGAGCUGCUGCGCGUGCUCCAGGCGGCAGACGAGGCAGCUGACGACGGGAUGAGGCGCGGUCAAGACGCGUGAGCUCACCCGCCGCCGCCACCCCCAGCUCGACCCGGGAAAGCCAAGUCAGUGAAUUCACAAGAAAAACAUACUCAUCGCGCGCACUGCUUUUCGUUGAAUGUAUCUCAUAUUCCAACUCUCACCACAGUGGCUGUUUCCAAUACUGUCUGAAUAGGCCUUGAGUUUUAGCGAUGUAAAUACUUAAAUUGAUCUGAAAUCCCGUGGAAUAAAGAGAAAUGUGAACAACCUU